AUGGACCCCUCAACAUCCUCCAACCCGCAACCCUCAGGCCUGACGCCAGGCGGCCGCCGAACUCUAGGGAUCGCAUUACUGCUGAUCGUGGUCUUCCUAUGGACGGCCUCGAAUUUCCUGGCCAGUACCAUCUUCGCCGACAACACCUACUCCAAACCCUUCUUCGUGACCUACGUCAACACCUCCAUCUUCAUCCUCCCGCUCUUUUCCAUCAUCACGAGCCGGGUGUUCCGGCUCUGGCGCGCCGGCAAGCUGUACCGGAUCCGGUCGGUGCAGAGUCUGCUGCAGCAUCUGGAUGCGCAUGAUGGGCAUCGCGAGGGGCAGCGGAUUCUGGGGCGGGAGGGCGGGAGUCCUGAGGGCUGGGAUUCGUCGUCCAGGUUGGGGUUGAAGGAGACGGCGAAGCUGAGUUUUCAGUUUUGUUUGCUUUGGGCCAAUUACUUCGCCAUGGCAUGUUUACAGUAUACCACGGUGGGGAGUACCACGAUCCUGACCUCCACGAGCGGCGUAUGGACCCUCAUCUUCGGCGCCCUCAUCGGCGUCGAACGCUUCACGCCCCGCAAACUCCUCGGCGUGAUCGCCUCCCUCAUCGGGAUCAUCAUCAUCUCGCGCCUGGACAUCUCCUCCCCCGCCCCCGCCCCCGCCCCCGACGCCGACGCCGACCCCCCCGGGGCCAGCGGGGGCGGCACCUUCCCCCGCAAAACGACCGGGGAAAUCGCCCUCGGCGACGCCAUGGCAGCCUUCAGCGCCGUGAUGUACGGGGUGUACACGAUCGUGCUGAAAAAGCAAGUCGGCGACGAGUCGCGCGUGAACAUGCAGCUCUUCUUCGGGCUCGUCGGCCUGCUGAACAUGGUGCUGCUGUGGCCGGGCUUUCUGGUCCUGCACGCCCUGGGCGUGGAACCCCUCGCGUGGCCCGCCGCCGGCCGCGUCUGGACCAUCAUCUGGGUCAACGCGCUGGCCUCCCUGCUGUCGGACCUCUGCUGGGCCUACGCCAUGCUCCUGACCACGCCGCUCGUCGUGACCGUCGGCCUGAGUCUGACCAUCCCGCUGUCGCUGGUGGGCCAGAUGGUCAUCCAGGGCGAGUACGCCAGCCCCGCGUAUUGGGUCGGCGCCACGGUGGUGUUUGGCUCGUUUUUGGUCGUCAAUCAUGAGAGUCGGCUGGAUUUGGAUGCGGAGGAGAUUGAUCCUGGGGACGGGCAGGAGCGGGGCAGGGGCAGGGGCAGGGGCAGGGGCAGGGCGAGGACUAGGGGUAGAGCGGGUGCGGACGGGUAUGAGGCUAUUCCGGCGGCGGAGGAGGGGCAUCAGGACUAA